GGAAAUGUUCAUUCCUUUGAAACUCCAUUCCAGACCACAGGACCAGGAGGCUGCAGCCCGGCCUCCGCUUGCGCACUUUGCCUGCCACAUCUUGAGUGCAACUUCGCACAAAACUUAAAGCUGCUCCUGUGGUCCUAAAAUCAUUUAAAAAGCUGCUUUACCAAUUUGACAAUGAAGUUCUGGAUAAUUGUUACCCUGAUUGUACUCGGUGAAGUGCUUCAAAAUGCUCUCUGCCAACAACACAAACGUACUAAAGAAGCAGGAGACAACCGAAUCCGACCGGGGAAUAAGAGAAUGAAGCCCAGGGUUCCGAAGGGGAAGGAUAGGGAAUCUGGUUUCUCUGGGAAAUCCCAGUCUAUUAUGACUCGGGUUUUGGACAAAGGACGCUUCCUAAAACUGAGUGGUUCCUAUAUUAGCAAUUCAGGGGAGAGUCUUGAGCUGCGCUGUAAAGGAAGUCAGAUUGGAUGGGCUUAUCCUGUUUAUCUGGACACUUUCAAAGACUCCCGUCUGAGUAUUAAGCAGCACGACAAGUACAGCCAGUUGCUUCUUUCUGGCACCUCAGCUGCAGACACUGGAGAGUUCAGCUGCUGGCCUCUGCUCUGCGAUGGCUCAGAGUGCACCAAGGAUGUGGACAAAACUACCACCACUUACAUCUACUUCACCGAUAAAGAGGAAUUGUUUGUCCCAUCAACCAGUUAUUUUGAAAUCAUCUACCUUCGGCCAGAUCGUCCUUCCAUCAUCCCCUGCCGAGUCACCUCCCCUGCAGUCAAGGUGGCUUUACACAUGGAGGUGCCCCCGCAGGAGAUCCCUGCGGACGGAGACCAGAUCUCCUUUGACCCCAAGGAAGGCUUCAUCAUGCACAAGCCUGGCCCUGAACACAGAGGGGUCUUCUACUGUAAGGCAAGCCUGCGGGGGACGCCUCAGAUGUCAGUCAAGUACCAGCUGCUGUAUGUGGAAGUUCCAAGUGGCCCUCCGUCUGUAACAAUCGAAGCUUCUUCAAGCAGAGUAAUGGGAGGGGACAACAUUAACGUUACCUGCACUGUCCUCGGGGAGCCGGAGGUGGAGGUGGACUUCACUUGGACUUACCCUGGACAGGACCAAAGACCUGUGACCAUUAAGGAAGCCUGGAGGUUAAUAAACAGAGGAAUGGGACACACCACACGGAUUUCUCAAAGUGUGAUUACUGUUGAAGAUGCUGAAACCAUUGACUUCGGAAACUACGUCUGCACAGCCAAAAAUCUUCAAGGACAGACCUCUGUGGCUGCCCGUGUGGACUCCUAUUAAUUGCUUUGGUAUGGUGACAACAAAAGGAAGAUUACAUGCCUCCACUGCCUCCUCUCUGUACUCCCAGGCAAUGCUGCUUUUUGUUAUUUGGCAGCAUUGGAUCUCUUAAAAGGAACAACUACAGCUUUACAGCAAAUAGCAACUAAUGCAUUUACAGUUGAUAACUUACUUUCUGAUAAAAAAAAAUAAAAAUUGGUGAAGCUCGCUCUGUUAUACAGCACUGUAAAGAAAUAUGAUGUUGCAGAAAUUCCAAAACAAUU